GGUGAAGGGUUGACCGUCUACUUCCAAGCAGUGCGGCGGCUAAGCUAACAAGCUAGCAGCAUCGUAACUAGCUACAUGUGGAGGGUGAAAAGGGAAGCCAUCCCCGACCCUAAGUCAAAUCUCCCCGCUUUUACCGGCUACAACGCUAUAGUCGAGCCUUGUUUAGAAUAACGGAUUGUCUGUGCUUACAAUGAAAGGUAGCCGGAUCGAGCUGGGGGACGUUACGCCCCACAACAUUAAGCAGCUGAAGCGCCUUAAUCAGGUCAUCUUCCCUGUCAGCUACAACGACAAGUUCUACAAGGACGUGCUCGAGGUCGGAGAGCUUGCCAAGCUAGCGUAUUUCAAUGACAUCGCAGUAGGGGCUGUGUGCUGCAGAGUGGACCACUCUCAGAACCAGAAGAGAUUGUACAUCAUGACGCUGGGAUGUCUAGCGCCGUACCGUAGACUUGGCAUUGGGACAAAGAUGCUGAAUCAUGUGCUAAACAUCUGUGAGAAGGAUGGCACUUUUGACAACAUUUACCUUCACGUGCAGAUCAGCAACGAGUCAGCCAUUGACUUUUACCAGAAGUUUGGCUUUGAGAUCAUCGAAACAAAGAAGAACUACUACAAGAGGAUAGAGCCCGCAGAUGCGCACGUCUUGCAGAAGAGUCUGCGCAGCCCGUGCGCGCCCCCCAGCAGAGAGCUCCAGAAGACAGAGUGAUGGCUGUGCGGGGGACAGCAGGACACGUGCGGCCACCUAUACGGAAACAGAACUGUGACAAACACCCCCCCACCCACAUCACAGGGUCGACACGUUAAACACAAAGGACGCUAAAAACGGAACGAAUUUGGGGAAGAAAAUCUAAAUUGCUCUUUCUAUUUUGGGGAUUUUGAGUUUGUUUGUUUUGGCACAUUUGAUUGCUUCCCCUUCACCCACACAGUAAAUUGACAACGAGCCAACCUGAUGAUGCCGUUUUAGACUUGCUAGAGAGGACAGCGUGAUUUGUGAUGCAUACUUUGGUUGUUAUGCAGUUUAAAGCUAUCAGAGGAGGUAAGCUGUUUGGUGCAAAGGGGUUCAAUUAUGGGAAAUGCCUUCCCUGAAUUUACAGGCAACAAGCAGAAGUUGUUAGGUGGCGGGAAUACUCUGACAUCACUCGUUUCAUUCCCAGCUUGGUUUUGAUUUAAGUUUUCAUUUUACAUUUGCAAAGGUAAAUGUUUCAGAGGUUCUCCUGGGUUUGCUACAAUGAGAACAAAUAACGGUAUUGAAUGUCAACGUGUUUCCCUGUUGGGGGAAACCCAAAUGUUAGAUGACCAUUUUUGGAACUGGCUUCUCUUGAAGAAUGUGUCUCAGUGAAGUGGAUGCGUCUCGGGACUUUCUAACAUCUUCAGCGAUCAACGUUUGCUGCCUUGCAGAACCGUUCCUGCCAGGGUGAGCUGCUGAUGUUCCCCAUGUAAACCUUCUUUGCUUUGGUCUUGAACAGUGUGUGUUUUACCCAGAGGAAGCUCUGACUCCACAUGCAUGCAAGGAGACUUGUGUCCUCUCGACUGUAGUAUAAGCAUGGUUUCUUUCUUUGAAGAAUUUUAUCUUUUCUGGAGCUCUAUAUUGUAAGACUUUUUAACGUCUAAAUAAAGGAAUUACUAUUUGC